CAGACUUAUCGAGUGUACAAAGAAUGGGAAGUUGGCAGGAACGCUGUCUAAGCAGAUCAAGUGCACUGCAGUACACGCCUACCUCUUUUUGCGUGGCUCGAGAUGGCGGGUUCGCUUGAAAAUCUUUUUCUUGGGUUUGACUUUAGCACUCAGCAGAUCAAAGCCAUUGCAAUAAAUGAUGCACUACGUGUCGUGCAGGAAUUCUUGGUUCAGUUUGACAAUGACCUCCCAGAGUUCAGAACGCAGGGCGGUGUGCACAUCCAGGCCGACCGCCUGACUAUCACCUCUCCCACUAUUAUGUGGGUCAAGGCAUUAGACCUACUGCUUGACCGCAUGAAAGCUGCGGGUUUCAACUUCUCGCGGGUAAUUGCGCUAUCUGGAACUGGCCAGCAACAUGGAAGUGUCUAUUGGAAAGCUGGUGCCUCAUCAACACUAGGCAAUCUGCAACCCAACCAGUUGCUCCAUGAACAACUCAAAGACAGCUUUGCUGUGAAUGACUCCCCCGUGUGGAUGGAUUCUAGCACCACUGCCCAGUGCCGUCACCUGGAAGGGGUGAUGGGAGGCCCUCAGCGUGUGGCUGACAUCACAGGGUCCAGGGCUUACGAGCGCUUAACUGGAAACCAGAUUGCAAAAAUCCACCAACAGAAUCAAGCAGCUUACAGUUCUAGUGAGCGAAUUUCACUAGUGAGUAGUUUUGCAGCCUCUUUGUUCCUAGGCAGCUAUGCACCAAUAGACUACAGUGAUGGGUCGGGGAUGAAUCUUCUUGAUAUACGAAGCAAAUGCUGGUGUCCACAAGCGCUGGACGCCUGUGCACCCGGUCUAGCUAACCUACUAGGUCCACCUGUGCCGUCUUCAACAAAUCUGGGUGCAAUAUCUCCAUACUUUGUUGAUCGUUAUGGCUUCUCUGCUGAGUGUCAGGUCAUAGCAUUCACAGGCGACAACCCAGCAUCCUUAGCCGGAAUGGCAUUAAAAGAGGGUGAUAUUGCUGUAAGUCUCGGCACGAGCGACACAUUGUUUCUAUGGCUGAAAACCCCACGUCCCGCCCUGGAAGGCCACAUAUUUGUCAAUCCUGUCGACGUGCAGGCGUACAUGGCUCUAUUAUGCUUUAAAAAUGGCUCCCUUACCCGUGAGCGCAUCCGUAAUGAGUUUAGCAUGGGAUCGUGGGAUACAUUCAAUCGUCUUCUGGAGUCCACCCCGCCGGGCAAUAAUGGCAAUAUAGGUGUCUACUUUGAUGUGCAAGAGAUCACCCCAUCGGCAGUCGGUGUCUAUCGUUACAACUCCAACAAUGACCAGGUGGAGAGUUUCCAGCCAGCAGUGGAAGUCCGGGCCUUAUUGGAGGCUCAGUUCCUGGCCAAGAGACUCCACGCUGAGAACCUGGGCUAUCUUGUUGAGCAGGGAUCGCGGGUCCUAGCCACUGGUGGGGCCUCAUCCAACCGUGCCAUCCUGCAGGUACUGUCUGACGUCUUCAAUGCUCCAGUCUACGUCCUGGAUGUCGCCAACUCGGCUUGUCUGGGAUGCGCCUACCGAGCUAAGCAUGGUUUCCAUGGUGAUAACGUGGUAUCAUUUAGAGACGUCGUCAACGCGUCUCCUGCAGAGUACAAGUUAGCCGCCAUGCCUAACCAAGAUACAAAAGAGGUCUACAACUCACUUUUGGCGAGGUACAAACUAUUGGAAGAGAUGAUCACACAAUAUUGAUGUUUGAUAAAUCUGAGACUGUCUACAAUUCAAAUUAUGCCAAAAAGUAUUCCAAAUUUUGUAAAUGAGGGAGAUAUAGCACUACUAUGCCACUAGUCCUUUUUUAAUCAGUUCUUUUAAAUGCAGCUGAUUAGAUCUCAAUUUCCAUGGUUUCCUUUAUUGAUGGUCCCCUUCCACAACAAUUUUGCUGUAUUUUGUGGAUUUAGCAUUUAUACAUUUAUACAUUUCAGUCAUAAAAUAGAAAUCUUCAAUAUUCAGAAAUUUCCCCAAAUGUUUAAAGGUAAUAUACAACAUUUGCAAACAUCAGAAAACAAGAAAACACCAAAUUAUUAUGAAAUACCUUAGGCCUACUUGACUGUAAGUGAAUAAUACCGGUAGUCUCAAGCAUUAUUUUAUUUUACGAAGAAUCAAGGAUAUCUGUUGACGUAUGUAAUUUACAAAGCAUAUGAAGCACCUAAGCGCUGACAACAUCCCGGGAAGUUAAUAUAUGUGUCAAUGUUCGAGUCACCCAUGAUAACAUGAUAAACAUUGUGUAUAUAUUGGAUUUGAUGUUUUCAAUACACUGCCAGGCCAACAUGGCCAAGAUCAGUCGUCGUAUGUGCUACACACACAUUGCAGGCAACAUUCUUUGCAAGGUGUUGGCUCAAAUUUAAACAGAUACAUGAUGCAUGAAGGCUUUGUUAAAUGUUUUACGUAAUUAAAUAUGAAUUCCCAUUCCUUUCUGGUACCACUUGAAGGUUCAUAACACUGAAUAAGUAUUGCACACUCUCACACACACUGAUUGACAUCAUAUUGCAAUAACUAUACCUCCGUUAUUGAUUUCUAACUUUCGCACAGAAUAAUUUCAGCGACAAUAAUUAGAAACACAGAAAUUGUGAUUACACCACAAGAACGUAUAGGUACAGACAAGUAGCAGGGGUGAGAUUUUUCAGGAUAAACAAAUCUUUUUGGAAAUAUGGAAUUUGUGAGAUUUUACCAUAAAAGUCUUUUUACCUAUAUAUAACAAAAGAAAUGGGUAUUUUAAUGACGCCUUUAGGCAAAUACAAACAUAUACCAUAGACCCUACAUUAAUUGCUCUGGGCCAUCAGCCGCCCCCAAACCCUGCCGAUUAUUUCAUGGAUUUUUCAUUUCCAUUUUAAUGACGCCUUUAGGCAAAUACAAAUAUAUACCAUAGACCCUACAUUAAUUGCUCUAGGCCAUCAGCCGCCCCCAAACCCUGCCGAUUAUUUCAUGGAUUUUUCAUUUCCCCCAAUCUCCCCCUGAAGUAGUUCCUGGACCUAAUGGUGUCAACUCAAAAUACGUAAACUGACAAAAUACACACAAAAUAACGUAUUACACAAAAUCCGUUCACUCAAAGAGAUAGACAUCAUACAACUUGUGUAUUGUGUAUCAUGAAAUGGAUGUCAUUAAGCAGAGAAGUACAAGUGCUUCAUUUUCACAUAUUGGUAAUAAAUUGUUUUCCCUCCUGAAAAAAGGGAAGAAAAUUGAAGAAAAAAAAUUUCCCGCCCAAAUUGACUGCAGCGGACAGACAGUUGAUUUAUACAUGAAAGCAUCUUAAUGUCAGCAGUGUGGAAACUUUAUCUUGUUUCUAGAAAGUGGCUA